AUGCCGCCAAAGCCCACAAUAGAAGAAGUCGAUGAUGAUGAAAUCGAUAACAUGGAAAUGGACAUUGCCCAGUUUGAUCCUAACCUCAAGACACCAAUAGCACCGGUCAACAAGCCUGUCAUCACGAGGUCGCAGGAUUCAGAACCACCACUCUUUCCCCAACAACCAUUUAGACCACCACCAAGUACUGGCAGUCUCGAGAGGGAGCAAAUAAUAGAUCCAUCAAAGAUCUCAAGUAAGGAUAAAGAGGAACUCAACAAGUUCCAGACGAUAUAUCCUUGUUAUUUCGACAAGAACAGAUCGCAUAAGGAGGGAAGAAGAGUCAGUGCAGAAUUGGCCGUACAUAAUCCUUUGGCAAUCACGAUUUCGGAUGCAUGCCGUCUGUUGGGUGUUCCUGUUCUUCUCGAGUUGGACAAAACACAUCCACAGGACUUUGGUAAUCCAGGUAGAGUAAGGGUUUUGAUUAAAGAUGAGGGAAUUGUCAAGGAUACUCGUUUCAAGACGAAAAAGUCCCUUUUAAAUAAGAUAGCCACCUAUCUUCAAGAUCACCCGACAACAUUGAAGAGCAUAAGCAAGGGAAGCGGCAUUCCCUAUCCAAAGGAGUUCGAAGAAGGUUUUGACCCAGAAGAAAUACCAAAAGUCAAAGGUUUUAAGAUGAACUCGAUCGUUCCAGUUUACUCUAACUACACAUUGAAGCAUCCAAUGACGAAAACCAUUUACGACCCUGAGCCAGAGACUACAAAUGAAGCACCCAAGCUACCUAAGCAACCCAAGAAAAAAAUCAUGAGAGUAAGAGGUUAG